AUGGAACUUGGGGGUUGGGACAUAAUAUUGGGAGUGGAUUGGAUGACACACUUUAGUCCAAUUACAUUCAAUUUCUAUCAGCUCAGAAUAUCCUUACAUCAUGAGGAAGAUGAGAUUCAGUUGCAUGGGAGAGCAGAAGAUUGUGAUCUGGACCUAAUCAGGAGAAAGGAUUUAAGGAGAUUCAUAAAGUACAAGAAGCAGAUGUGUAUGGCAAUGAGCUCAGCACAGAAUAAAGGAAGAGAAGCUGACCCUAUACCCUCAGAAGUAGCUGAAUUACUACAACAUUAUGAAGAUGUAUUUCAGACCCCAAGUGACUUACCUCCCAGUAGAAAUGUGGACCAUGAAAUACCUCUCAAACUAGGAACUCAGCCAUUCAAAUUGAAACCUUAUAGAUACCCCAUUGCCAUAAGGAGGAAAUUGAGAAGCAAGUUACUGAGAUGUUGCAGAAAGGACAGAUUCUCAAUACCUAAUGUGGAUGAGCUACUGGAUGAACUAACAGGUGCUGUGCUUAAGACUAAGUUGGAUCUCACAACUGGAUAUCAUCAUAUCAGAGUGAAACCUCAGGAUACUUUCAAGACAGCCUUCCAAACUCACUGUGGGCACUUUGAAUUUCUAGUCAUGCCUUUUGGGCUGACAAAUGCUCCUGUCACAUUCCAAUCACUGAUGAAUCAGAUAUUUCAACCUUAUUUGAGGAAAUUUGUUCUGGUAUUUUUUUAUGACAUUCUUGUAUACAGUCCUAUAGUGGAGGCUCAUGUGCAUCACCUGAGGAUUGUGUUUGACAUUCUGAGAAGUAAUCAACUAUACGUGAAGAAAUCCAAGUGUGCCUUUGCCCAGACCAAGUGGACUACCUGGGGAUAUUAUAGAAGGUUUAUAAAGCAUUAUGGGCUUGUCUGCAAGCCACUUACUGAAUUGCUCAGAAAGGAUAGCUUCAAAUGGAAUAUGCAGGCACAAAAUUCUUUUGAUCAACUUAAGAAACUGAUAUGCUCAGCUCCUGUUCUUCAGUUGCCAGAUUUCAAGAAGUCUUUUGUAGUAGAGACAGAUGCCAGUAGAGGAGGUAUAGGGGCAGUUCUGAUGCACCCUAUUGCCUUCUUAAGCAAGACACUCUCAGCUAAGAACUUGGGAUUAUCAGUGUAUGAAAAAGAACUCCUUGCUCUAAAAUUGAACACUGCAUUUCAACAUAAGUGGAUGACUAAGCUUCUGGGGUUGGACUAUGUGAUACAGUACAAAAAAGAGUUGCAAAAAAGUUAUGAGGAUGACACUCACUACCAAGACAUUAUAGCUAAACUAGUGCUAGAUCCCAACUCUCACAAUGACUAUACGCUGGUGGAUGGAAUAUUGAAAUACCAGGGUAGGAUCUAUGUUGGAGAGGCAGGGAACAUCAGAGAGCAAGUUAUACGGGCCUUACAUGCUUCAGCAAUAGGUGGUCACUCAGGCCAGAGGAAUUGCUGGCAGAAAAUUAGGAACUUAUUCUACUGGCCAGGCAUAAGGCAAGAAGUGGUGUCCUUUGCAUGGUCUCACAUUGCUACGGAUUUCAUCGAGAAAUUGCCUAAGUCACAAGGCUAUGAUACUAUACUAGUAGUUAUUGACAGAUUCACCAAGUUUGGUCAUUUCAUCAGAUUGACACAUCCAUUCACAGCAAAGGAGGUUGCUCAAGCUUUUCUGGAUAACAUCUAUAAGCUACAUGGCCUACCAGAGUCUAUCAUCACUGAUAGGGACAAAAUCUUCACCAGCAAGUUCUGGAAAGAGCUUUUCAAGUUAGUUGGGACUGAGCUACAUUACUCUUCAUCCUACCAUUCUCAGACUGAUGGUUAG